AUGUCCAGUAUACCAUCAAGUUUUGAUCCGAAAAGGGGAGAGGCCCUUGAAUUAGAGGAAAUGCCUAUUUGGGAUAAGAUUGUUUUCCAUUGUAAAAGGGAACCGUUAGUGCCCAUUGGAGCAUUAUUAACCACUGGGGCAGUUAUAUUAGCUGCUCAAAAUGUUAGAAUCGGUAAUCAAGUGAGAGCUCAACAUUAUUUCCGUUGGCGUGUAGGUUUACAGGGUGCCACUUUGGUCGCUUUAGUGACAGGGUCCUAUUUGUAUGGGACUACUUCUGCCAAGGCAAUUAAGAGUAAAGAAGAUGAGUUGAAAGAGAAGGCAAAGAGAAGAGAACAAUUAUGGAUUCAAGAAUUAGAGAGAAGAGAUCAAGAGAUCAAAGAUCGUAGGUUGAAAGCAGAAGUGGCAAGAAAGAAAACGGUAGAGAGUGAAGAAUCAAUUAAGGAUUUGGAAACAGAAUUGGCUGAUCUUGAGAGCAAACUUCAUGGAUCUUCUACUGGAAAGUGA